CUUAAAAAGAGUGAGGCACUCUCAGUGGAAAGAGAGAGGGAGAUCCAACAGGUGGUUGAAUCUGUAAACGAGCUUGCUCAGAUUAUGAAGGAUCUAUCCGUUCUCGUGAUAGACCAGGGCACUGUUGUUGAUAGGAUAGACUACAAUAUUCAGAAUGUCGCAACAACAGUUGAGGAGGGUCUCAAGCAACUGCAGAAGGCUGAGAGAACACAGAAACAAGGGGGGAUGGUGAUGUGUGCUUCCGUUCUCGUAAUCAUGUGCUUCGUCAUGUUGGUUCUCCUAAUCAUAAAGGAGAUAAUCUUGUGAUCAUCGCUGAGAAUUAUUUGAAUUUUUCGAUAGAGUCUAAUGUUGAAAGCCUCCCACUGGGACUAUUACACCCACGAAGAUUGUGGCUUUGACCCUUGAUGAGGAUUACCGGAGUUGUGAGGCGCCAUAGCUACAGAAUUUUUGUUUAUUUUCCCUUUCUGUUUUCACUUCAAGGGACAGCUAUUCAAAAAGAGAGACCAAGUUCCACCAGACUCUGUCACACAACUACAUAUACUACUCAUAAAGUGACUAUCAUUUCUUGUUCAUUUUCGUUAGGAAAACUGUGGGAGGGGAAACGUGAUUGACUGGGAAUGAUUGUCCUGGGAUUUGUGUAGAGCCUAUUCUUGGAUGUCGUUCUUUGGCCCACUGGUAUUUGCUAAGGAACCAUUGGUUGAUUUUCUGAUUUUCUUUUGCCCGGGAUUUUGGUGCUGUCGUUUCUCAGCAGACACGUACGAGAUGACCUUUUUGUUUUAUUUCUGUAUCGAUUCCAUUAUUAUACAAUAAAAUGAAAUUAUGAAA